AUGUUUGAUAAAGAUGGUAAUGGGACAAUGAACAUCAAGGAGCUCGGUGUAGCAAUGCGUACUUUGGGACUGAAUCCAACCGAGGAGGAGCUCCUCAACAUGGUUAACGAAUACGAUGUUGACGGAAAUGGAAAGAUUGAUUUUUUUGAAUUUUGCAAAAUGAUGAAAGAAAUGAACAAGGAGACUGACCAAGAGCUGAUACGAUUGGCAUUUAAGGUUUUUGAUAAGGAUGGUAAUGGGUAUAUCACUGCUCAGGAAUUCAAGCAUUUUAUGACAACGAUGGGAGAGAAAUUUAGCGAGGAAGAGGUUGAUGAAAUUAUAAAAGAAGUAGAUAAAGAUGGCGAUGAGCAGGUUGCUCGUUCAGAAGCAGUCUGA